AUGGCAACCAAUGACUCAAACUACAAUGAAGAUGAGUUUUUGAAACAUUUCUAUGCCAUUAUGUACACAAUCAUCCUGGUUCCUGGGUUGAUUGGAAAUGUUUUGGCUCUCUGGGUCUUUUAUGGAUAUAUGAAAGAAACUAAACGGGCUGUGAUUUUCAUGAUCAAUCUCGCAAUUGCAGAUUUGGCUCAAGUGUUAUCUUUGCCACUAAGGAUUUUUUAUUACCUGUCUAAAAGUUGGCACCUGGGGAAGGAACUUUGCAUGUUCUGCUUCUACCUCAAGUACGUCAACAUGUAUGCAAGUAUUUACUUUUUGGUUUGCAUCAGUGUGCGGAGAUUUCAGUUCCUCAUGCACCCUCUGAAGUUCAGUGACUGCAAACGCAUCUACGACAUGUACAUCUGCAUCGUUGGAUGGGUUGUGGUUUGUGUGGGCUGCUUACCUUUUCCCCUUCUACGACUCACCUCCAACGAGACUUGUGCCGACAAUAAAUGCUUUGUGGACCUGCCCUUGAAGACUGCAGAUGAACCUAUCUCAAUAGCAAUGAUGUCUCUAGGUGAGCUGGUUGGCUUUGUAACCCCUCUGUUGAUCAUCUUGUAUUGUUCCUGGAAGACCAUCUUAUCUCUCCAAGAAAAGAAUUCUGUUUCCCAAGACCUUGGGGAGAAGCAGAAAGCCUUAAAGAUGAUCCUGACCUGUGCCGUUGUCUUUUUAAUUUGCUUUGGUCCUUAUCACAUCAGCUUCCCUUUGAAUUACUUGGUCAAGUCCCAAACGAUAGAAGAUUCCUACGCCCGAAAGGUUAUUUUGGUCUUCCACGCAAUUGCCUUGUGCCUUGCCAGCUUAAAUUCAUGUCUCGACCCUAUAAUUUAUUACUUUACUACAGAUGAGUUUCGAAGGCGGCUUUCAAGGCAAGAUUUACAGGACAGUAUUCAACUUCAUAACAUGCACUGUGGAUGUGCAAAGGAGCCAUCCGAAAUAAGUAUAGUUGGGUGAUUGAUAGGAAACUCAUAU